CUUUGAGUUCCUUAAUCGGUUGUUUUACGCUGGCGAAUAACUUCAGUUGCGGCAGUGGCAGCCAUGUUACGGCGGGUGUACAAUGCACUGCGUAAUGUGGAUGAACCAUCACGUUAUAUGGAGUUCAACAUCCUGAUGGUGCGGUUCAUGGGCGUGCUGGUGAACCGUGGCAUGCCUGGAGCGCUGUUGACAUGGUUGCUACUCGCGCUGCUUCUCAGCCAGGGGCUGGCCGGUGUGCUCGACCUGUACGAAAACCACAGUGACAUCGCUGACAUCACUGCUAACCUGCCUGUCACCACCAUUGUCUUCAGCUCUGCCUAUCGCCUCUUCUUCUUCACCCUACACCGUGAUCGCUACCAGGCCAUCGUAGACACCGUUGGGGAGCGGUUUGUCGCCUCUUCCAGCAGCAUCAACAUGGCUCCCUGGCUACGACGCUCCAGAAUAAUUUCCAUACUAUACUUCACAUAUGGUUCGUUUGUGGCUUCAACUUGGCAGCUGCACCCAUUGAUUUCAGCACAACUGACAUCAGCUGAAAUGAGAAAGGAAAGUAAUGGAACUUUUGAAGGCUUACCUAGAGAGCUGUGGGAGUUUCCUUUCAGAGCACAAUACCCAUUUGAUGCAAGGCAGCCAUAUGUGUACACUGUUGUUUUUCUAUUACAAGGAGCUUGUAUAUUUGUUUCUGGAUGCAUGAUAGUUGUACUAGAUAUGAUGUUUAUUACACUAACAUUACUCAUAUGUGGACAACUUGAAAUACUCAAAGAUAAACUUCGAAAUAUGAGAAGCAUAGCAACUGGCCAAAGGCAAAAUGAAGAUAUUGGUUUAGUGGGAAAAGCUCUGGAAAAACAAGCACUGGAGAGACGUAAAAUGAUCCUGAACUCGAGUACUGACAUAACUAAACAGGAUGAAAAUUUUAAUGAAGAUCUUGUAACUAAAAAGAUAAAUCUAUUACUUGGUGAAUGUGUAGAGCACCACAAUAUGCUACUGUCGAUGAUUUCUGAAAUUGAAUUUAUGCACUGGUCUGCAUUCAUGAUCAAUUUCUGUGUCUUACUCAUCAUAUUCAGCUUUGCUGCAUUUGAAGUAACAUCUGGGACUUCAACUUCUCCAGCAAAAGUGGUGAAUCUUGCAGAAUAUCUACUGGUUUCUAUACUGCAGAUGUUUCUGCUGUGUGACUGUGGAGAUAAAUUAGUUGAUCAGGAACUCAGUGUGUCUCAGGCUGCAUAUGAAUCAGAAUGGUAUCACUGUUCAGAAAGUGUGAAACGCACUUUACAGAUCAUUGUGCUUCGAGCCAGGCAGCCUGAGCAGAUCACGGUUGGAAAAAUAGCUGGACUUAACCUUGACACUUUUAGUGAUAUGCUGAGCCGAUCUUUUUCAUACUUCACAGUUCUAAGACAAAUACGAGAUGGAUAAUGAAAGAUUUCCAUUUACAAAGUUCUUACUGAGCAACAGGCAGAACUCACCCUGACAGGUUGCAAUAGCAGAUCAGCCGACCAGAUUUCGUCUGUGCUACGCUGCAUUUCACUCAGCACUGAAUCAAGC